UUAAAAUAUCGGUACCGUGACCUGGCAACCCUGCCCGACGUAACCGGCAUUGAGAUUUCAGUUUCUAUUAAUAAUAUUAAAUUGAUAAUACACUAAUACUCCAUAUUAGGAAAUCAGGUGAUAACCGUUUAAAGGACCAUGACGACGGCUGUGCUGGGCGGCGGACUAAGCGGCCUCUCCGCCGGGUACUAUCUACUGCGCCGGUUUGGAAAGCCGCUAACCAUCUACGAAGCGGCUCCCCGAGUUGGAGGAUGGGUGAGGACCGAGAGUCGCAAAGAUCGGGGCUUUAUCUUUGAAAGCGGGCCACGUACAAUUCGACCGGUUGGUAUCCCUGGAGCCAAUACGUUGGAGCUAGUAGAGGAGCUGCAGUUGGAAGUAAAGCCUAUUACCCGCAGUCAUGUGGCAGCCCGGAACCGAAUGCUUUACGCAAAAGGCCAACUUUGCCUGUUACCCAACAGCCCAAAGGGUCUCUUCGGUGUCAAGCCGCCCUUCACAAAGCCUCUGUACAAGGCGAUACUACGGGACCUAGUCGCCGGGAGAACGCCGACCAAGCUAGAAGACGAAUCCAUAUACAGCUUCGCGGAACGUCGGUUCGGUAAAGAGAUUGCAGACUACGCUAUCAGUCCAAUGAUCUGUGGAAUCUGCGCCGGUGACGCUCGCGAAAUCAGCGUAAAAUUUUUAAUGGAAGGGCUCUUUGAGAAGGAACAGAAGUAUGGCGGUGUCCUGAAGGGAUCCCUUAUUUCACGGUUUAAGGGUAAGAUAGAUGAAGGAAAGGAAGGCCUCUUUGCCCAGGGUCAGCCGAAGCUUUACUCCCAGGCGCUGCAGGAAAAAUGGGCCAUGUAUGGACUUACUGGAGGGUUGGAGACACUGCCCCGUGCAAUGAGGAAGUACCUUGGGGAGAGGGAUGUCAACGUGCAGUUAAGUAACGAGUGCAAGAAUUUGACCUUCGGAGACUCUGGUGUUCGGAUGACAGUUAAGGACGCAGAUGUACCUGUGGAUCACAUCGUCUGUUCCUUACCCGCCCACAAAUUGGCCCCAUUGGUUAAGCUGCAACACCCUUCACUUUCCGCCCAACUACUGGAAAUUCCUUACGUGGAUGUGGUGGUAGUAAACAUUCAAUACCAAGGACAACUUCUCAAACAAGAUGGUUUCGGCUUGCUGGUUCCCCCCGUAGAGAAACUCCCCAUUCUAGGAGUCAUUUUUGAUAGCUGCUGCUUCGACAUGGAAGGUAACACAGUGCUUACGGUCAUGAUGGGCGGCCACUGGUUCGAUAAGUGGUUUGGCGAUCGCCCCAGUCAGAAGCAAAUUCUGGAUCUGGCCACUCACCAUGUGAAAAAGAUUUUGGAAAUUCGCGAGGAUCCCAAGUUCAGCCGUGUUCACACGCUCCACAAGUGCAUACCACAGUAUACCGUUGGCCACAAACGUCGAGUGGACAAUAUCCGAAAGUACCUUAAGACUUAUAAACUGCCGCUUUCCCUCUGCGGAGCCGCGUACGACGGAGUAGGAAUCAACGAUGUCAUUCUGUCUGCCCGACGUCAGGUGGAAGCACUGCAGCUGGCCUAGUGAAAACCAUUCCCUGAAACUAUCCCUGUAUUUCCGUAUAUUUCAUUGGUGAUUUUGUUAUAUUUGUGUAAGAUGGAUUUGUGUAUAGUAAAGUCUUUCCUUUGUACAUAGA